AUGAAUACACAUCUAUUAUUUAAUAGUAUAUUUGAAGAAACUCAUAAUGAAAUAAAAGAUUUAAAUUAUGAGUUAAAUCAGUUACAAGAGAUAUAUCAGGCAAAAUAUAAUUUAGAUGACAAUGAAUCAGAUAACAACGAAGAUAAUUGCCAAUGUUCAACAUCAGAUUUAUUAUUAAAUAAUAUUGAUGAGUUAGACGAUUAUUUUACUUUACAGCAAAUUAAAGAAUUUCAAAAAAUUUUUUUUCAGAAUUCAAUACAAUACUCUAAAGAAUGUAAUAUCAAGCAGCAACAAUGUUUAAAAAAAUAUGAUGAUGAGGCUUUUUUAACAAAACUUAACCAAAAAAAUUGUUGCAAAGAAAAUUGUCUUUCAACUAAAGUUAAUCCAGAAACAGCACUUAAUAGAUUUUAUAAAAUUAAAGCAAUGUCACAGUCCGAAAUGAAUAUGUAUUUUUUAGGAAUGAUUGACGGAAGCAUUAAAAUCCCCAAAUCCAAAUAUGCAUCAAAAGCAUCAAAGUUAUAUUUAGUAACAAGUUAUAAUUUUUCAGGGGCUUCAAUUUGUCAAGUAGCUUGGUUAACAAUUCAUGGAAUAGGUAAAACAAAGUGGGAAGCUUUACGUACAUAUUAUCAAAAUCACGGACUUAAGCCAAAAAUUCAUGCACUUACUAGUUAA